GGGAGAGCCGGGGCUGCCCGGGCACCGGCGGGCACGGCCCGAGCGUUCCGGGCUGGCCGCGGUUUCCGGGAGGGGAAAGCGGCGGCGCUUCCGGUACGGGAGGUCCCGGCUGGCGGAAGUGACGCCGGGGUUUGUUGACAGCGGAGGCCGCGGCGGGGGGAGUGGGCCCCAGGAGGACGCGGACACCCCCGUGCCCGCCCCGGGGAGCGGCGCCGGGACGAGCCGCGGCUCCCGCCGCCCAUCGGCCGCGCCGGGCGGGGGCCUGGCGCCAGCUGUCCUGAUGUCCCUGUAAAUUCAUCCUGGAACUUCAUUUGAGGAAAGGAUCUCCUGACUCAAAAGCUUCCUUCUGCUCUUCCCCUUCCCAUAACUUCCCUCAAGAUGGCAUCCGAUAGCCCCGAGUCACUGAUGGCCCUGUGCACUGAUUACUGCCUUCGCAACUUGGAGGGGACUCUCUGCUACCUGCUGGACAACGAAACUCUCCGGCUCCAUCCUGACAUCUUCUUGCCAAGCGAGAUUUGUGACAAGCUUGUCAAUGAGUACGUGGAGCUAGUGAAGACAGACAGCAUCUUUGAACCCCAUGAGAGCUUCUUCACCCUGUUCUCAGAUCCCCGGAGCACCAGGCUAGCUCGGAUCCACUUGCGGGAACAGAUUGUGCAGGACCAGGACUUGGAGGCCAUCAGGAAGCAGGAUCUCGUUGAGCUUUACCUGACUAACUGUGAGAAGCUGACAGCCAAGAGCCUACAAACCUUGGUGAGCUUCAGCCACACACUUAUCUCCCUUAGCCUCUUUGGCUGCUGCAAUAUCUUCUAUGAGGAGGAGAACCCUGGAGGCUGUGAAGAUGACUGUUUGGUGAACCCAACUCGCCAGGUCUUGGUGAAGGACUUUACUUUUGAAGGCUUCAGCCGCUUGCGCUUCCUGAACCUGGGCCGCUUGAUCGAGGGGGUAAAUGUGGAGACGUUGCUUCGGCCUUUGGCCUCCCUUGCAGCUCUUGAUCUCUCUGGGAUCCAGCUGAACGAUGUGGGAUUUCUGACCCAGUGGAAGGACAGUCUGGUUUCCUUAGUGCUUUACAACAUGGACCUUUCAGAGGAGCACAUCCAAGUGAUCGCACAGCUUCGCAAGCUCAGGCACUUGGAUAUCUCCCGAGACCAUCUGUCCAGUUACUACAAAUUCAAGCUGACCCGGCGGGUUCUAAACCUGUUUGUGGAAAACUUGGUAAACCUCACAUCGCUCGAUAUCUCAGGGCACACCAUGCUGGAGAACUGCACUAUCCCAAGCAUGGAGGAGAAGAUGGGCCAGACAAGUAUUGAGCCAGCAAAGAGCAGCAUCGCUCCCUUCCGGGGUCUGAAACGACCGCUCCAGUUCUUGGGCCUUUUUGAAACAUCUCUCUGCCGCCUGACGCAUAUUCCAGCCUACAAGGUGAGUGGAGACAAGAACGAAGAGCAAGUCCUGAAUGCAAUUGAGGCUUACACUGAACACCGGCCAGAAAUCACAUCCCGGGCCAUCAACCUCCUUUUUGACAUAGCACGUAUCGAACGCUGCAGCCAACUGCUGCGAGCCCUUCAGCUUGUAACAGUCACUCCAAGACUCAGCAGCAAGUCAGUGGCACUGAAGCUUCGUGUUGCUUCUCUGCAGCUGGUGAUCACAGCCCUCAAGUGCCACAAGGAUGACAAGAACAUCCAGGUGACAGGCAGCGCAGCACUGUUCUACUUGACCAACUCCGAGUAUCGCAUGGAGCAGAGCGUAAAGCUGCGGCGCCAGGUCAUCCAGGUGGUGCUGAAUGGCAUGGAGUCCUACCAGGAAGUUACAGUACAGCGGAACUGCUGCCUGACACUGUGCAACUUCAGCAUUCCUGAGGAACUGGAGUUCCAGUAUCGCCGGGUCAACGAGCUGCUGCUGAACAUCCUCAACCAGAGCCGGCAGGAUGAGUCCAUCCAGCGCAUCGCUGUGCACCUCUGUAAUGCUCUGGUCUGCCAGGUGGACAAUGAUCAUAAAGAAGCUGUGGGCAAGAUGGGGUUUGUCAUGACAAUGCUGAAGUUGAUUCAGAAGAAGUUGGCUGAUAAAACGUGUGAUCAGGUGAUGGAGUUCUCCUGGAGUGCCCUCUGGAACAUCACUGAUGAGACCCCCGAUAACUGCGAGAUGUUCCUUAACUACAGUGGCAUGAAACUGUUCUUGGAGUGCUUGAAGGAAUUUCCAGAGAAGCAGGAGCUGCAUCGCAACAUGUUGGGCCUCCUGGGCAAUGUAGCAGAGGUGAAGGAGCUCCGCCCACAGCUCAUGACCUCCCAGUUCAUCAGUGUGUUCAGUAACUUGCUGGAAAGCAAAGCAGAUGGGAUUGAGGUAUCCUAUAAUGCCUGUGGCGUGCUCUCCCAUAUCAUGUUUGAUGGUCCAGAGGCUUGGGGUAUAUGUGAGCCCCACCGAGAGGAAGUUGUAAAGAGGAUGUGGGCCGCAAUCCAAAGCUGGGAUAUCAACUCCAGGAGAAAUAUCAAUUACAGGUCUUUUGAACCAAUCCUUCGACUUCUUCCACAAGGGAUCUCCCCAGUCAGCCAGCACUGGGCUACCUGGGCACUGUAUAACCUGGUCUCUGUCUACCCUGACAAGUACUGCCCACUGCUCAUCAAAGAAGGUGGGAUCCCCCUUCUGAAGGACAUGAUUAAAAUGGCCUCAGCACGGCAAGAGACCAAGGAAAUGGCCCGGAAAGUUAUAGAGCACUGCAGUAACUUUAAGGAGGAGAACAUGGACACUUCCAGAUAGAGGCAGUCCUCUAACGCCUCAUGCCAGCACUGUAUCCAGCUUCUCUCUAAUUCACUGUAUAUAGGGAGGACUCUUUCUUACCAACACACCUGUUGGAAGGAAACUUUAUGUGUGUGUGUGAGACCCUCAGUAGAUGAAGGUGAACAGGGGAGGGGGGGGAGGGACUUUUUGCACAACAAAAUGCUUUCCUUAAAUUAGUGGACUUUUUUUUGUUAUGAAGUUUCAGGUUGAAGUUCUGUGUGUAUGAUUUCUGUAUAAAAAGAAAACAAACAAAAAAAAGCAAAGACAACUACACUAUGUAUCUUUUAACCUUUUUAUUUUAGACCACACAGAGCCUCAAAUGACCAUGAGCUUGAAGACCUACUUGUGUGAUCACUAGUGUGACGUUUUUAUUUCCCACUUUUUAGAAAAUUCCCUUUUGCUGUAUUGCAUGAGGUCCUGUAAUGUCUGCAAGAACACCAGUCCCGAAUUGGCAUUGGCUGCUAAGUGGGGCUGCAGGCAGCAAUGGGUUACUUACUUGGUUAGAGAUGUUGGGGGACACAAUACCAGAGAAUUAUAGCAAAAGAACGGACCUUUUCAGUGUUAAUUGUAAAGGGAGGAAAUGAAGAAGAUCUUUCAAGUUAAUUCACUCCCUUAAGGGUUUUUAUAGAAGACUCACAUUAAUGGAAGCAUUGCUAACUGUAUGUGGGUCAUUCGGAAGCAAGACAUUCCCAUUAAAGUCAAGAGGCCUGGUUUGUCCCCUUUGGCAGUGCAGUGGGAUCUGCCAGCCCAGGUAGCCUCAAGACCAAGAAUGACCAGUAAAACCAUUUAGACAUUCUUGGCUACAUAGAGCUUUUCUCUCUAAGGGAGCCUGUGCAACAAGGAACAAGGUUUGUUCACAAAGGGCUACACAUCUUCAUUCAGGUCCUUCACCACCUUUUUACUUGUGUUCUGUUUUAUGGGAAAGGGCUACAAAUGCCAGAGACAGUAUUUCCGCUCUGCAUGGUAAGAUCUACCAGGCCCUGGUCCAGAGUGGUAUGAACCACUUGUCCAAGUCCUAGUAAGGUACUGGAGCUGCUCUGCUCUUCCUCAGUCUGCAGCAGUGCAAGUAAUCUCCCUUUAUAGGAAGCUUACUGCAGCACAGAGGAUGUAACUGGAGGUGCCAAACAACCCUCCAGAGACUGGAGAGUCUCCAGGCACCCUAAGGAAAGCAGUCACAUGAAAUAGCACCUCUUGUUGCACCCCAGCAUAUUUCCCCUCUUCUGGGAAGCAGAAGGCUCUAUCCUUACCUGAUUCUAUCACUUACCAGUGCAGUCCCACUUGCAUCAGCAGCAUUACUCCAGCUGAUACAGUGUAGGUGAGAGGAGAGUCCUGCUGAGGUGGUCUUCACCCGGCAGGCUCUGGAUCUCUAAAGGCUCAAGAUACCACAGGCUGAGGCUUGUCUUGCAGCUGGGCACUCAACAACACACUCAGCAAAGGGCAAUCCUUUGACUAGAGCCCUCUGCUUGCCACAGUUCUCUCACGAAUAUUCCUACAGGAAGGAUUCAGGAAAGAGUCCAUGUCUGGCAGCAGUAAGAGGAGGCCACAGCCACAUGUGUUCAGACAUUUCAGGCCUCAGCACAGUAACCUUCGCUGCUCUCUUCCCUUGUAUACAUUGCUCUCAGAUUUGACUCGCUGCUAUGAGGUUCUUCUAAUGCUCAGAGUUAAUGUUGUCAUUGCUGAGCACGUUAUAGACAGAUCCUAGAUACACAAACUGACACUUUAAAUGACACAACACAGCUGCCCUGGACAGGUUUACUUUUUCUGCCAAUACGGUGUUAUUCAAUGUCUUUUUAACCAUACGUCAUUUGUUUUGGUAUUGUGAGAUCUGUACUUUUUUCUUUUAAGUAUUUUUCAAACUUAUAUAUAUUUUUGUGUCACUUUGGAAUUGUUUUCAUAUGGUUUGCAAAACUUGACAAAUUAUACUUUUUUUUUUUUGCAGUUGUUUGAAUGAAAUGUAUUUUCCUCUCUGUCAUUCCUGUUCCCCAAGGAUUUGUGUCCCUAUGAGCUUUGA